AUGAAUAUAGUCAAGAAGUUAAUUAAAAAAGUCUCUUCACAAAAUAGGAGUUUUCAAAUUUUUCUAAUAAUAUCUCUGAUACUCACGUGGCUUCUAUUCAUUAGAUUAAAUAAUUCUAUUAAACUUACUUAUAAAAUUAUCCGACCUUCCGAUAUACAAAACUCUCCACAUAAUAUCUGCGAGAUCAAUGAAUGUGAAACGGAACAAAGCCAGAAACAUGGUGAUCUAUUUAAAUUGUUUCCAUUAGACUGGUCUUCUUGUUAUAAUGAUUUUUAUUUAAACGCAUUCGAUAAUAACGAAACAUCUGUUGAUACUUUAAUCGAUGUUGGCGCAAAUAAAGCAUAUGCAGUAGCUACAUGGUUAAGCUUCUUUUCCCCUGAAAUUGGCAUUAAUCAAGCUCGCUUAGGCGAAUAUAUACGUUCAUUGCAGACUCUCUCGGAGCCGUGUGGUUCAUGUAAUGAUUGUAAAGAUUCGCCUUUGAAAAGAGAUAAUACUGAAAAAAAAUUGCAAUUACAAAUUCAUGCAUUUGAGCCCCAACCUGGAACAGUCGAUGUAUUAAAAGGUAUUAAAAAAUGGAUGAAUAUCAGUACUAUAAGUGACGUAACUUUCGAAGUUCAUGGUAUGGCAGUAAGUGAUCAUACAGGCCAUGCCUUAUUUCGGAAAUGUAAUGCUGGCAAUGAAGUAUGUAGUUUAGAUAUUUCUGGCGUUGCCCAGAAUGCACAAAUUCAAGUCAAUACAACUUCAUUAGAUGAUUUUGCUGAUAAAAAUAACCUAUCGAAAGUUGAUAUACUCAAAAUAGAUACCGAAGGAUAUGAACCAUUAGUAUUUCGUGGUGCUCAACGUCUAUUAAAAGAACAUCGCAUUCGAUUGUUUAUAUUUGAAUAUCUUGCAGAUGGUGUAUGGCGUAAUACUUCGUUAGAGAUUGAAAUAGCAAAAUUAGCAAAACUAGAUUACGUUUGCUACAUGGUCGGCAAAACAGGUGUCAUACGCGUAUCAAAAUGUUGGAAUGACAAGUUUAAUGUGAAUCAUUGCAAUUUACUUUGUGUUUCAGCCAAAGAUGAACGAUUACUAUUCAAUAUCGACCAAAUGAGAGUAAGGAGUUCAGUUGCAACUACAUGUAAAACGAUUUCCAGAAGUUAA